AGAAGCAGCAGCAGAAGUAGAAGAAGAGAAAGAAGAAGAAGAAGAAGCAGCAGCAGAAGAAGAAGAAGAAGGAGACGCAGACGCAGUAGUUUAACAACGCUAAAGUUCGAUUUUUCAGUGCAAUGUCCUUGUUUCGGGUAAACAGGUAUCUUGGAGACGAUGAAGAUGGAAGUAUUUCAAAGGAGUCCCGAGCCCAGGUGUUUCUUUCAAAACUGCAUCUGAAGGCACAAGAGAAUCAGAAGCAACGUUUCGCAGAGUGUUCUGAAACACAAUCAGGUCAUCAAACGAAAAGAAAGGCCUAUAAUGACAGCAGCCAAGAAAGCCAAAGAUGCAAAAAGAGGAAAUCCAAGGCCGUUUCGGACAAUAUCCAUUCUGUGGAGGAUGAAGUGAAGAGAAGAAAGAAAGUUGAGAUGAAGAACCAAAAGAAUAGCCACUCAGACUGUGAAAUUAAUAGACUUCGGGGGCCUGGUGUCGUCAGCAGCUACAGAGAGGUUGAAAAGACGCCAGAUGAUGACAUCCCAAAUCCCAGCUCAAAGAUGCCUUCUACUCCAUCUGGUUUCACAGUUCUGGGAGGAUUUGAAAACAGACCAGUCCAAAAGGUUCACAGAGUACUGCCCGAUUGGCUGGCUCAGCCCAAUGUGAUCCCCCGGGACUUGAAAAGUAAACUGGUGCCUUGCUCAAAUAUCAGAGGACUUAGUGUGUCGCUGCUAAAGAAACUCCACCAUCAUGGAAUUCAGCACUUUUUUCCAGUGCAAGCAGAGGUCAUCCCAGUCAUCUUGGAGGGUGCACACAAUGCACUACUGAUUGGACAAGCUGGCUAUCAACCCAGAGACAUUUGUGUUUCUGCUCCAACGGGCAGUGGCAAGACUCUGGCUUUUGUCAUCCCUGUGUUACAAGUGCUGAUGAAGAGGGUCGUUUGCCAAGUUCGUGCCUUGGCCGUGUUACCGACCAAAGAGCUCGCUCAGCAGGUCUUCAAGGUGUUUACAUCCUAUGCGGAGGGAAGCACCCUGAAAGUGGUCAUGCUGGCAGGCCAGAAGUCAUUUGAGGCAGAGCUGGCUUUGCUUUCUGAACACAGAGGGGGGGUGAGACGCUGUUUAGCUGACAUUGUUGUAGCUACUCCAGGUCGACUUGUGGAUCAUAUUACCAAGAAUUCGGGCUUAUGUCUGCAUCACCUUAGGUUUCUAAUUAUUGACGAGGCAGACAAGAUGAUUGACAGUAUGCGCCAGUCUUGGCUCAGCCGGGUGGUGAAGGCAGUGUAUGGAAUGGCGGAAGCGAGAGCAGAGAAGGUGUCCUUCUCCAGGCAAAAAGCACCCUUGUAUGUUACAGCAGCCAGCCUAUCUCCUCCUCAAAUGCCACUUCAGAAGCUGCUUUUCUCUGCCACACUCACGCAAAAUCCAGAGAAAUUGCAGCAGCUGGGCCUCCAUCAGCCCAGACUUUUCAGCUCCACCAACGCCGCUGCCGCUCGCCCCUUGUCAACUCAGCCAACUGUCGACUCCCAUAAACUCGAGCACUUUGACUUCCCCCAAAGUCUGACGGAAUUUUAUGUGCCCUGUACGCUUAGCCAAAAGCCUCUCAUCCUCCUCCUCUUCAUCCUGCGCCUGAAGUUGAGACCCAUUCUUUGUUUUGUUAACUCCAGAAUGACAGCUCACAGACUUCACCUGCUGAUACGACUGUUUGGUGGCAUCCGAGUAGCAGAGUUCUCCUCCCGACUGUCUCCCAGAGAAAGACAGAAGAAGCUGAAGGAAUUUGAACAAGGAAAGAUCCACGUGUUGAUCAGCACGGAUGCAGCAGCCAGAGGCAUUGACAUCUCUGGGGUCAAAUGUGUUGUCAACUAUGAUGCGCCACAGUACAUCAGGACAUACAUUCACAGAAUUGGAAGAACGGCAAGAGCUGGAAAACCUGGCCUGGCCUUUACCUUUCUGCUUGGAGUCCAGAAGAAAGACUUCCUUCAGAUGGUUACUGAGGCAGGGAGCCGGGGGAUCCAAAAGCAGAUCAUUGCACCCGAAAGCCUAAAGAGUCUAGAGGACCGAUAUGAACAAACGCUACAAGAGCUUGCUUCUGCCAUUAAGGAGGACAAUGCGAACCAGAUAUGAUGUGAUGCCCCCUCUGAUGUGAGCUGACAGAAGAGCAGUUAGCGAAUGGAAAAUUGUCUUAUUUGAUCUUUUUUUUUACAACACAAACAUGACAAAAUAUUUCAAUAACAUUUUGUUAUUAAAGGACAAUGCCCUAACACGAUGAAAUCUUGUA